UUAAACAUGAAUCGCGCUGGAUCGGGAUUUCAGUUAGCUUUUCUUUUCGUAUUUGUGUGUAGUCUAGAUUGGUCGCUUGCCUUUAAGUGUAUCACUAAAAUUAACAAGACUCUCUUGGAGAACCAAAUAUGCGACGGCGUAGUCGAUUGCUUGGGGGAUGAAAAUUCCGAUCAGCCAGAUGAAAGGUUUGAAUUAUGUUAUAGCAAGGUCUGCGAGGACGAGAGUUUUUAUCGCUGCACCUAUGGAGGGUGUUUAAAUGGAACUUUAAAAUGCGAUGGAAAGAUUGACUGUUGGGAUGGAAGCGACGAAAAUAAAUUCGAAUGCUUGGAGGAUGCCAAUCUACAGAAUGAGUACGAAGACCUCAAAGGGGGUUGUGUAGAUGAGGAUUUGUUCGAUUGCAAGGGGUCCUGUCUGAACUGGAGUCAGGUGUGCGAUGGACUGGCGGAUUGCAAGGACGGCAGCGAUGAAGACCCCACACUUUGCACGGCAUUCGAGUGUCCGCCACCGGCAUUCAGAUGUCUUUACGGUGCCUGUGUUAGUCCGAAAGCUGUGUGUAAUCACAUUCCCGAUUGCCUAGAUGGCUCCGAUGAGAUGGCGGAAAUUUGCAUGGCCAGGAACCCAUCCGUUGAUCACUUGGGUCAGGAUGUCAAAAACGGCUGGAAAGUGAGGCACUGCAGGCUAGAAAAUCCGUCGGGAUCCCUGGUGGUGGAAAACUACGUCGGUGGGACUACCUUUCUAAGAAAUGCUUUGGUGCCCGACAAGACCGUCGUUCAUCUAAGCUGCCGCAAUGGAUAUGGUCUGAUCGGCGAUGAGAAGAACAUUUGCGACGCAGACCAGUGGCGGUAUCCCUUGGCCAGCUGCGUGCCCCAGUGCAAGCACGUCGGUAAACUAAGCCACACGAGGCAGUGCAUACUGCCUACUGGCCCGAUCGACUGCGAUCAGUCGUGGCUGCCAAUGCUCACUCUAAUGUCGGUCACCUGCUCGUCCGGGUAUGAAAAAACCGGAGAUGAUGGUUGGCAGUUCUGCAACAAAACCGGAGGUUGGGUAAUUUUUGGUAACAAUGAGCUGCCGACCUGCGAGCCGAUCUGUGGUGUUUGGAAGCUGAAAAACGCUACAGCAUCGUCGUCUCCUCCAUGGUUGAUGAAUGUCUUUCAGAGAGGUCACAAACCUGAGUUUACGGCUGUCUGCAUCGCUACCAUCGUGUCGCCGUAUAUUCUGGUGACCACGGAGCGCUGUUUUGGCGAGGUGUCCAUCAAGAGCGUGGCAUCCACGGAACCUGUGCUCUAUACGGUUGCCGAGGGGGAAAUCUACGGUAACAGCUUCUUGGCCCACGAACCCCAUCCGUAUAAGCUGCACAACGUAUCCUAUAUACACUAUGUUAGGGUAUCAGAUGGAAAGAAUGCAGGUACUUUGGCCCUGGUGCACUUGGUGCAGCCCCUAGAAUUCCACAUGAAGUUGAGACCCGUCUGUCUUACGGAAGAAGUUACUGACAACUGGGUAACCGUCGGAAAUUUCAAAGGUGUUAGAGCGGGCCAGCCAAACAUCGAUGAUAGGAGGCAACCAGACCGCCACGAGCUUAAGGAAGUAAUUAUCGAUGAGCGUAUGAAAUACCAUAUAAGUGUGUUUAAACAGGACAUCCUAAAUGAUAUUGCCGAGACACAUGCAAAGGAGAACAUUUAA